CUUCUUCUUCUACGAAUUCUGAUUGGUUUCCUUUUUUUGGUCUUCGUAUACUUCUUCUCUUCGACAGAAGAAGAGAGGAACAAGCCUCCAAGGAGUUCGUCGAUGCGAAGUGUCUUCCCCGCAUCCGCAACCGUAUCUACAGGCGUUUCAAUUUCUCUAGGUAAAAAAGAUCUUGAUCUAUUCUUAGUAGUUUUUGGUAUAUUUAGAAUCAGAGUUUUGUAUAUAGAAGUAAGUGAGUGAGUUUCUAGGGUUUUAAUCUGUAAAAAAAAAAGAGAAAAAAAAAGAUGAGGAUUUCUGAUUCUUCGUGUGCCGGGGGUGGUGGUGGGGGUGGGGGAUUUGGUGGUGGUGCUAUGGUUGUUGCUAAUAGAAGUGCAGAAGAUGAUUUCUUCGGAGAUCCAAAAGGAUGGCCACCUGGGUUUAGAUUUCAUCCAACUGAUGAAGAAUUAAUUCUAUAUUAUCUCAAAAGAAAAAUGUGUCGACGUCGAUUAAAGCUGAAUGCCAUCGCUGAUAUCGAUGUCUACAAGUGUGAUCCUGAAGAAUUACCAGCUCAAUCUCUUCUAAAGACUGGAGAUAGACAGUGGUUCUUCUUUAGCCCCCGAGAUAGGAAGUACCCGAAUGGGGGGAGAUCAAAUCGAGCAACUAGACAAGGUUACUGGAAGGCAACAGGGAAAGAUCGACGAAUUGAAUGGAACUCUCGAACAGUUGGAUGUAAGAAAACCCUAGUCUUCUACAGAGGCCGUGCUCCUAGUGGUGAGAGAACUGAUUGGGUCAUGCACGAAUAUACUUUGGAUGAAGAGGAGCUCAAGAGAUGCAAAACUGCGGUGGAUUGCUAUGCCCUGUAUAAGGUUUACAAGAAGAGUGGAGCUGGUCCUAAAAAUGGUGAACAAUAUGGGGCUCCAUUCAGGGAGGAGGAUUGGGCCGAUGAUAGUGAUCUGGUUGAAGCAAGUGCACCCAACCAUGAUCAGGUGCAACAUUUGGAUAACAAUGUUAAUGGUGAUAAAUCUUUAGUUGACAAUCCAAGUGAGCCACAGUGUGACCUCCUCGAUGAGAUUUUGGGGCUGAUUGCCAAUGAAUCCCAAACUAAAAAUCAGCAAGAAAAUGGUCAUCUGUUUAUCAAGGAUGGUCCUGAUAAAGGAUAUGACAAUAGUAUGAUGAUGGGCCCCUCUAUGGAAACAUAUUCUGCUGAACCCAGCAUGGUAUUGAAUCCUUCUUAUAUUCAGCAUGGUACACAGUAUAGCUUCGAUGUGACACGUUCGGUUAUUUCUCAUAUACCAUCAAACGAAGCACCCGAAGUUUCAUCUGCAUCUCCAUAUACUUCUGAACUGGUUCUUCCUGAACUCGAUGAAGAUAACUUUCUGGAAAUCAAUGAUCUUCUCGGUCCGCAGCCUGGGUACUCUGAUGUAAAUCAUGCUGAUAACAGCUUAUUCUCUGAAGAGCCUGAAUUUUACUUCGAUGCAGCUCAGUAUCUUCGAGACACGGAAGCCACUGAUCGACAGACUAACUCGUAUCUGUAUUCUAAUAAUCCUAUUGGUGAACUAACAGGCCAUUCGGAUCACCAAAUGCAACCGAACCACCUAGUUUAUGGAAAUGAGCAUGUUGCUUCACAGCUUUGGAUGCAUGAUCAGAACUGUGAUGGAUUUGUUUCAUCAGAAUCAAACCAUGCGACUGUGGCUCCAUUAAAUUCAGGUACAAAUGUAAUACAUUCUGGUGGUUCUUCGGGUAACUAUGUUGGUCAGCAAACACAUAACCAAGGAAGUAACAAUGCUGAUAUUGAUGUGGACACUUGGUUUUCCUCAGCAAUUUCAUCCUUAUUGGGAUCAGUUCCAACAACUCCUGCAAUAGCCGCGGAUAAUGCCAUAAUUAACCGUGCAUUUGAGCGCAUGUCAAGUUUUGGUAGAGUUCGAAUUCCUAGAAGAGAUGCAGAGGUUCCUGGAGGUUUACGUCCUAAUGUGGGGAGGAGAAAUACUACCAGAAACGGAGGAUACUUCUUCCUAUCGAUACUUGUUGCACUUUGUGCAAUUUGUUGGCUAUUAAUGAUUGGGACGACGAUAAAGGUUGUGAAAACUUUUGUGUGGAGGUUUAUUUCUUCGUGGUAAGUGGUGGUGUGAAUGUGCAUAUUAAAAGAAAAAUCAUUUCUCUUCAGGGUAGCAAUUUUCUUUUUUUACCAUCUUAAAGGCCAAUUUGUUAUUAUUUAGUUAUAAUUGACUAAUAGUGGCUAAACAACAUCAGUAAGCUAAGGAGCAAAUAUAAUGUACCUUUCUAAGUAGCGCUUCGUGUGUCUUUUUAAUUCAGUUAGUUCACAUCGUCCAGAAGUAGAACCCUCUUCAAUCUUCGUCUUAUUGUAAAGUAAACUGGUAAAUAUUAUUUAUUUUGUUAUGAAAUAAAGAAGACACACACGGUUUUCAGGAAUUUAUAAUUCCAUGGAAUUACAAAUUCUGGGAUUCA